GGUGCUCCUGGUCCCUGCUGCCGUCUGUCAACACCUCUCAGCCCCGGAGGAAGACGCCUGUGUGCGGGACCGUGAUUUGAACAGUGUCUCAGUGUCAGGUGUCCGCCUGUCCUCCGCCAUGCCCAUGUACCAGGUAAAGUCCGUCUGUCCCGGGGACACUAAGGUUGAUUUACCGACCUGCAUGUACAAGUUACCGAAUGUCCACGAUCAGCAGGGCACCGGCUGCCCCUCCGAGCACAUGCUCCAGAACGGCGAGGUGGACCCAGCAGUCAAAGCUCUGGAGGCUCGGCAGGAUGAAAUUAUGAGAAAACUGUAUGAGUUGAAAGCAGCUGUGGACGGCCUGGCCAAGACUGUGACCACCCCCGAUGCAGAUCUGGACCUGACAGUCAGCAGCUGCCUCUCCUCCCAGACCCUCAGCUCCGCAGCCUUCCAGGGCACCACAGACCUGGACUCGCUACUGGGCAAGGACCACGGCGCUCUCCGAGACAUCGUCAUAAACGCCAACCCAGCUCAGCCCCCUCUGACCCUGCUGGUGCUCCACAGCCUGCUGUGUCAGCGCUAUCGGGUUCUGUCCACCGUCCACGUCCACUCCUCAGUUGCCGACGUCCCGUCACAGCUCCUGUCCUGCCUCGGCCCACGCCACCAAGACAGCUAUGCGCGCCACCUGUUCCAGCUGGGCUUCACACUCAUAUGGAAAGAUGUCCCCAAGCUGCAAAUGAAGUUUAGCAUCCAGAACAUGUGUCCCAUCGAGGGUGAAGCCAACGUGGCACGCUUCCUCUUCAAGCUGCUGGCGCCCUACCCCAGCGAUCCCGCCCUCGCCACCAUGGUGGACAGCUGGGUGGACAUGGCUUUCUUCCAGCUGGCAGAGGGCAGUGCCAAGGAGCAAGCUGCUGUCCUGCGGGCGCUUAACUCCGCUCUGGGCCGGAACCCCUGGCUGGCCGGGCCGGAGUUCUCCCUGGCUGACGUCGCCUGCUAUUGCUGCGUGCUGCGAUGUGGCUCGGCCUCCUCCGCCCCCGCUAAUGUCCAGCGCUGGCAAAAGUCCUGCGACAACCUGGGCCACUUCAGCCCGGCCAAGGCAGUCGUGCAGUGACUGGUGCCGUCCCAGGAGCAGACACCAGAGACGGUGUCCUACCUACACAAGCAAAGUGAGAGAAAGGCUUCAGAAUAUUAAGAUAUCCAAGCCAUGUCUGGAAAGCUUUCUAAUGCUUCCCUCCUUAUUGUAUUAUAUCACUGAACUGACAGAGACUCAGUGGAAGCAAAAUGGUUUAUGGGUAAAGUAACUUAAAGAGUAUUUGUCUCUGCCAUGCUGCUUUUAUAUCACAAGAGAUCCUAUGCUACUUUUGCAAGGGAGGAAGCAUGAGAGGACUGUAAAGACAAGGGCUUGGUGAUGGAUUAAAUCAAAGGUACUGACUACACCUUCCACCCACUUUGUGCCUAACAUGAUCCUGUUCUCAAUGUGUUUGUGUGUGUUAACGUGGUGGCGGGUAUUACUGGUUUGUUUUCAAAAGUAAUACUUUGUACCAUUUGUUUUCCUGAAGCAAUUAAAACUUCUACUUUGGAUCAAA